AACAAGCUCUUGACUGGAUCCCGGAUAUUUCCAGUCAAGUGAGUCAUAUGACAACAAACCGUAAUCAGUUGUUGAUCGACUCAACGUUUAAGACCUUCAAAAUGGACCGACCAUGAGCCCAUAACAACAGGACCCCUGGUUGCUGUCACCACCACUGUAAAGAAAUCUGAGCUGAAAGGAGCAUGGAGAAUGAUGAAUUUCCGCCAGCGGAUGGGAUGGAUUGGUGUGGGACUGUACUUGCUGGCUAGCAUCGCUGCAGUCUACUAUAUGUUCGAGAUUAAUCAGACCUACAAUCGACUCACACUAGCACAUGUGGAGAAGGUGACUGGGACACACACGACCGGAGAUGCUGCUUCAUCCCCUUCCUCUUCAACCUCCUGGACACAAAGUGUGAAGACCAGGCUACUGCUGCUGCCCUUCUGGGUUUGGGCCACCAUCUUCCUUAUUCCUUAUCUCCAAGUGUUCCUUUUCCUCUACUCAUGCACCAGGGCGGACCCCAAGACUGUGGGCUACUGCAUCCUGCCCAUCUGCCUGGCUGUUCUCUGCAACCGACACCAGACCUUUGCCAAGGCGUCCAAUCAGAUCAGCAGGCUUCAGCUGAUUGACACCUAAUGAGGCCACUUGUUGGUCAGGAGCACAGUCACCAUGCCCUUAAGGGUAGAGGAGCCAGACGUGUAUACAUGUGUAUACAACUUUUGUGCACUCGGUAAAUAUCGCAGGCAAUCCUGUCACAAGACCAUUUAAUAAGACGGAACAGGGGGCCAUGGUUUGUACUUAUGCUUUUUAAGAUGUAAGCCUAAUGUUGUAAAGGCAUUAUUUCAAUUACAUUCUGUUUCCAAGAAAUUUAUUACUAAAA